AUGGAAGCUGCGCAUGGCCCAAAUGUCACAGUAAACAACAGCACAAUGGAUAUCCAAGUGGUCACCCACAAUCUCUGGGAGGUGGUCGCCAUAGCGACCGUGUCAGCCAUUGUAAGUCUCAUCACCAUAGUGGGGAACAUCCUGGUGAUGCUCUCCUUUAAAGUCAACAGCCAACUCAAGACGGUGAACAAUUACUACUUGCUGAGUCUGGCGGCUGCUGACCUCAUUAUCGGUGUCUUCUCCAUGAACCUGUACACCUCCUACAUCCUGAUGGGUUACUGGGCCUUAGGCAAUCUGUCAUGUGACCUGUGGUUGGCUGUGGACUACGUGGCCAGUAACGCCUCAGUCAUGAACUUGCUGGUGAUCAGUUUCGACAGAUACUUCUCAAUCACCAGGCCUCUCACCUACAGAGCCAAACGGACUCCAAAGCGGGCCGGGAUCAUGAUAGGCUUAGCCUGGCUGGUGUCUCUUGUUUUGUGGGCACCGCCUAUCCUAUGCUGGCAAUAUUUUGUGGGCAAAAGAACCGUCCCCGAAAGACAAUGCCAGAUUCAGUUUUUCUCAGAGCCCAUUAUCACGUUUGGAACCGCUAUUGCAGCGUUUUAUAUCCCCGUGUCAGUCAUGACUAUCCUCUACUGUCGGAUCUAUAAAGAAACAGAAAAACGGACCAAGGAUUUAGCGGAGCUUCAGGGAGCGAAUCAGUCCACACAACCCGACGUCACCCGGGCACGGAUCAGUCGUUCGUGUUUCAGCUGCAAGCUAAAAUCUGCGGCGCAGGACCGCACCCAAGCCUCAUGGUCAUCCUCAAGCCACGCCGCCAAGUCCACCGCCUCCACCAACGAGGAGUGGUCCAAAACCGGUCCCAUGACCGCCUCCAAUAGCUACGCGUCCUCAGAAGAUGAAGACAGGUCCACCUUGCAGCCCCCUUUGGGGAACCAAGUUUGCGAGGGCGGCAAGAGCGUGGCGGGGAGCGAGAGCGAACAGCUAAGCAGCUACGACGAGGACAGCUUCUUCCAAACGCCGCCCAAAAGUAACUCUCAGAAGAGUAGCAAGUGCGUGUCGUACAAAUUCAAACCCGCCACCAAAGACGCCUUGGCCCCGCACCGGGGCAAAAACGGCGAUGCCAAAACCGGGGCAUCCUCGGCGGAGUCGGUCAACGCUCCGGCCGCCCAUUCGGCGUUCAAGGAUGUCACGCUGAAGAACCAGAUGACAAAGAGGAAGAGGAUGGUGCUGAUUAAAGAGAGGAAGGCAGCGCAGACCCUCAGCGCCAUCCUCCUGGCCUUCAUCCUAACAUGGACGCCGUAUAACAUCAUGGUGCUGAUAUCCACCUUCUGCUCGGACUGCAUCCCCGUGUCCCUGUGGCAUCUGGGCUACUGGCUGUGCUACGUCAACAGCACCGUCAACCCAAUGUGCUACGCCCUCUGCAACAAAACUUUCCAAAAGACCUUCCGCAUGCUUCUACUCUGCCAGUGGAAGAAAAAGCGGAUUGAGGAGAAACUCUACUGGUACGGACAAAACCCAAUGGUCGGUGCCAAACUUUCUUGAAGUAUUUUAGAAGCUGUGGGUUUUCAAAAUGGAGGCCUCACCUCCAAUGUUGAAUGAAUGUUACAUUACAUCUUCUGUUGGUGCUCUAAAAAGCCACUUGAUUAUUAGAUUCCAUUUUCACAUGAUUUAACAAACAUAAAAUAAUCUUAUAUAUAAAAAAUAUCAUAACCAACUGUUUAAAAAGUCCUUAGUGACAUUUUAAGUCCUUUCCACGCUAUCUGUGAGAGGCAGCCUGUUGCUACUUUGUCAAAAUUUCUGUGCCAACACAAAAUGGAGGGAGCCAUAUAAGAGAUGGAUCGGAACCACUGGCGGAGGUAGAGGGGGGCCGCGGGGGCACUGCUGACCCCCCAAAGAUGUCUGGAAGGCUGAAAAAGUAGGGAACAUAGUGUUUUCUAAAGAAUUUUGGAGGUUUGCAAAUUUUGAGGAUCUCCCAAAAUAUCCUUGGCCCCCCUCAAGGAAAAAUCUCCACCAGUGGAUGUCACCUGUUUAAAAGGGUACAGCCCUGUUGUGUUGCAAAUAAUUGUUUCCGUCUGACAUAAUUUAGCUUCUAAUUUAACGUGCUGUUGUUUACAAGCACAGGCAGCAUCCUGUUUGCUGGGCACAAUUAAUUAUUAGAGCGCAUCUUCACUGUAUUUAUACCACAGCACUCUAAAUACAGCUCUCAUCACAAAGUUGCUAUUUGUAAAUAGCCUUUUUUUUUUAAACGGAGGCAAAGCCAAUAUUUUUUUCCUUUUUUGAAAGACUCUUUCAAACCAGGAAUUUAAAAGUAUGUUUCCAUUAUACUGGAUAGUGAAGUUGUUUCUGGGUUUGUUGCUUUUAUGCUUCUGUAUUUUAGAAACUGUGUUUAUCCAUUUUCUUCAAAUAAAUGUCAAUAUCCUGCAGAA